GUUUCGUUCGCGCGACAGCCAGCGGCUGGUCGACUUCAUUUAUAUUAAUUUUUAUUUUUGAAGUGCCGACAGUACGUAUUUCAUCGGAGUAGUUAUAACCUAAAGAAAAUUGUUAAUUGUAUGUAAAAUGGUGACAGUACUCUACGCCGCGAUCCCAGUGUCAGUAAUAGUUGCUGUUGGCCUUUUACGUAAAUGGAGAUCUAGAAAAUGGGGCAAGUGUUUUAGUAACACUUGUCUGAAAGGAAAGACCUAUCUUAUAACUGGUGCUACGAGUGGUAUCGGUCUGGAAACAACUAAGGCGUUGGUUAGGAGAAAAGCAAGGGUGAUUAUGGCUUGCCGAGAUGUACCUAGAGCGAAGGAAUUGAUAGCAAGCAUAAGGAAAGAGCAACCUUACGGUGGUGAACUGAUCCCAAUGCACUUAGACCUAGCAUCAUUUGAAUCUAUAGAAAAAUUUGUAGAUGUAAUAAAGGCAGGUUUCUACAAAAUAGAUGUGCUAAUAAACAAUGCUGGUGUUGCGAUACCCUUGGACCGUGAUGAAAAAACAAAAGAAGGUUUUGAAAUACACUUUGGUGUAAAUCAUUUGGGACAUUUUUACCUCACAAAAUUACUUAUAGAACUUUUAAAAAGAGCUUCUCCAAGCAGAAUUGUUAUUGUCUCUUCAACAUUGCACGAAAAAGGCGAAAUAAAUUUUGAUGACUUGAAUUCAAAGGCAGAGAUUGAGAAAGCAAAACAAGGCAAGGUGAAGGGCCGUCAUAUUUCUGCCUAUCAAAACUCUAAAUUAAUGAAUUGUUACUUCAUGAGGGCAUUGGCUGAUCGUCUCAAAGGAACAGGCAUCGAUGUUAGCGCAUGCUGUCCAGGUUUUUGUUACACAAACUUAUUCAGAUAUUCUAUUAAAUGGUAUCACUACAUUUUAAUGGCUCCAGUAUUCCUUUUAUUUAUGAAAACAGCGAAACAGGGCGCAGAAACGGUAGUGUAUUGUGCAAGCGAAUACAAUAUUGAAGGUCGCACUGGUCAAAUGUACCGUGAUUGCCAACUAUACGAAUCAAAAUACCCGUUUGACGUGGAAGUCGAGAACAAGCUGUGGGAAGUAUCCGAGCAACUGAUUAAAGCUAGAAAACCUAUACCUGUCGCUUAAACUGGUUACUCAUUACAAUAUAUUAGCCGUCGCAAAUCGACGCUUAAGAACCAAAUUUAC